AUGUUUCCUGCAAAACUUGCGUUUGUCACAGCACUUUCUCUCCCUAUCUUCUUCAACCUUCCUGUUGCUGCUGAAGAGGUUACCAGAAAUGCGAAUCCUUCCCCUACUGAUAAUUGUGCCAACUGCCCUUCAUGUCUGUGUCCUCCCGCCGUACCAAUUCCAGGGUACCCUUUAUAUGGCCCUCCUCCACCUGGACCGCCACCCCCAUCAAGUCCUGGCUUCCCUUACGAAGGAGUACCGCCGCCGCCGCCAAGUGGUCAAGGAAAAUGCCCCCCAACUCAGCCUGGUCAGUGCUGCCAGCAAUAUCCUCAAAAUCCUCAAUACCCUUCUCCACCAGGAGGAUAUGUGCCUUACCCUGAUGACAACCAUGCAGCUAGUUCAUCUCCUUUCUUGAUCUUCCUUCCUGUUAUGAUGGUCAUGUUGUUUUCUUCUGCUGUACCUUUCUUUUAA